ACAUGCUGAAGUAGAAUAAGAUAACCUCAAAAAAUUUUCUAUAAAAAAAUAACAACUAUCAAAGACAAACAUUUAUCCUAAAUUAAUGUUCAAAUAUUUUUCAUAUAUGUACUGUAAAUAUUUUCGAGAAUAAAUCAUUAUUCUCCUUUAAAUUUAAAAAAAAUGGACAUUUUAAAAGCAGAAAUAAUGAAGAAAAGGAAACAAUUGGAAGAAAGCAAUAUUUUGCAAAAUAACAGAAAAUAUUUUAGAAGAGGUGAAUUAAUAGCAAAGGAUCAAGAAGUGAAAGAAAUACAAGAAAAUAAUGAUGAAGAUGUUAAAGUUAAUACAGCUCAACAAGAAGAAGAUUCUGUAACUGAUGGUAGCUCUGAACAUUUAACGUUACCUAGACAUGAAGUGAUUAGAAGAUUACGUGAAAGAGGUGAACCUAUAUUAUUAUUUGGAGAAUCAGAAAUAGAAGCAUUUAAACGAUUAAGGAAAUGUGAAAUUCUUGAACCUGAAGUAAAUAAAGGUUUUAGAAAUGAUUUUCAAGAAGCUAUGGAACAAGUAGAUCAAGCAUAUCUAAAUGAAAUACUAACUUCUUCUAAACCUCAAAAUCGCGAUGGGAAAGGAGAUGUGAAUGUACCAGAUGAAGGAGUAACUUAUGAAGACUUGCAAAAGAUGUCUGUGAAAUUAAACAAGGGUGACAGGGAUUUUGAUUUAAAUGUCAUUACACAAUUUAUACAAUUCUUAGUGCAAAUGUGGGGCAAUCAAUUAAAUAGCAGGAGUACUGCUGAAAAAAUGAGUACCAGAGGAAAAAUGGCUAGUGCUACUUAUGCCCAAACAAGAGAAUAUUUAAAGCCUCUUCUUAGGAAAUUAAAAAACAGAUCUCUGCCAGAAGAUAUUACCGAUAGUUUAACUGAUAUUGUAAAACAUUUACUUGAACGUAAUUAUAUAUUGGCAAGUGAUGCAUAUUUGCAAAUGGCAAUUGGAAAUUCUCCAUGGCCUAUUGGAGUAACUAUGGUAGGUAUUCAUGCGCGUACAGGAAGAGAAAAAAUUUUCUCGAAGAAUGUGGCGCAUGUAAUGAAUGAUGAAACCCAAAGAAAAUAUAUUCAAGCAUUAAAAAGGCUAAUGACCAAAUGUCAAGAAUAUUAUCCUACAGAUCCCUCCCGUUGUGUAGAAUAUUCAAAAACAUAAUUACAUAAUUAAUUUUACAUAUAGUAUGUAAGUAAUUAUACAUUGUAGAAUAUAGAAUAAUUGUACAUUAUCAAUA